CGAUAUUAAUCCGUAAAUCCAAGAUGGCUUCCGAGAAUAGUAGCAACACCGUGUCAAAUGAACAGCGCGAUGUAAAUAGUGCAGAAACGCGAUUAAGCGAAGUGAUAAGCGACAACAUAUCGAGCAGACCUGCAACACCUAGCUCGUCGUCGUUCAACGAGCGCGAAAAAAGCCUCAAUACAAGGAGAACGAGCAGAAUAACGAGCAACGACAACGGCGCGUCUCACGAGCGCUCUGCCAACACAGUUGCAGCGUCCAUCGAGACGCCUCCGAGACCCGCAGCGAUAUUCAACGCCGAGACGGACUUCGCCUCGCCCCCUCGAUCACCGAGGUCUCUUGGGUCUCCAGGUCCCCCGGGAAGCGGGUGUCGUGACGACGGCGUCGUCGUCAAGGCGCUGGCAACCCCCCACGUUCCGCCUCAACAAACACCAGCCCUAUCAGCCAGUGGUAUCACGUUUCUGGAGUACUACGCUACUGCGGAGAGGCCUCUCACCCUUUCUGCGGACGCAAAUGACGAGGUAAACCGCCUUGCAUGUCACGGCAAGAAAUUCAGUAAAUCUUCGAAGAGCUCUUCAAAUCAUUCUAUGAAUGCCGACACAACGUUUGUAGGCGAAGUAACGCCAGCGAUACACUCGCAAAAUUUCCCGGUAAAACUCGAAGGGUGUGGAAAUGCUUCUAACAAAACGCCGCAUCAUGGAGAAAGUCCCCAGAGUAGCGGGGACAUCUUCAGCAGCCCCAGGAGUCCUGAUUAUCCACUCAGGGUUCCAGCAAGGCCCAAUAGCCCCGAUACUACGAUAACGACGACGGCAACAAUGCCUAGCACAGAGUUAAAAAAUGCAGAAGGGAACCCAAACCCGGUCACUAAGAGAGAAAACUCUAGCAAUGAUGCAGAGAGCCCAGGCACUCCGUUAAUGGACGAACCAUUUUGUUCAAUGCCAAAUAAUGCUCCUUGCGACGCUUUGACACCUCAGGUGAUAGGCAAGGAGAGUGAAAACGGACUUAAGGAAUCAAAGUUUCUAGAAAUUGCCGUUAAAAAAGAACCACCCGAUCCAAACAAGGUCGAAGCCGAAGUAAACAAAAGUGAAAUUGGCAGUUCCAAUGACACUAAGAUCGAGAUUCAUUCCACUACAGGACAGACCAUAGCACCUUGUGUAGCGCCUCCAACGUCAACGACCAGUGACAACCUUAAAUCGCAGCCUCACUCGUCAAGAGAAAAACGCGGACGAGAACACAGUGAGAGAAGGCAUUGCUCUCGAUGCUACAAACGAAGCAAAAUCAAGAGAGCCAGUAUUGGGGUGCAAUGCCGCCGCGAUCGUGGCACGCUGCCGCUUUGUCACAAAUCCAUUUCUCAGAGUCUGACGACCAUGGAUACAGAGAAUAUGAGGCUGAAUCUGCAGACUAAGAACUACAAGACUUUAAACAAAUUAGCUGAGAGCAGGGAUCACCUUGAUGGAUUGAAGUACAAGAAGUUCAUUCACAUUGAAACUUACCCCAAUGGAGGUGCGAACGUUGUCCACAUGUACCAGGAUGAACUCGACACCCUAUCUAACGAACAAGUCGAAGAAUUGGCUCAGGAAUACUUCAAGGUCGUGUUUGGCGAGGAUGAAAACGGGAACGCUUACCAUGUAAUGGGAAUAGUCCACAAUGCAGCAGCUUAUUUACCAGACCUUUUGGAUCACAUGGCUGACAAUUACCCCUCAUUGACCGUUAAAAAUGGGGUUCUAGGCCGCAAUAGUGACAUAGAAACAACGACUAUGUUACAGUACAAGGAGCAGGCAGUCAAGACAUUCAGUAACGGCACUGUGCGGUAUGGCCCGCUACAUCAAAUAAGCCUUGUUGGCACCGUCCAUGAAGAAGUUGGCGGAUACUUUCCAGACCUUCUUCAGAGGCUUGAGGAAAAUCCAUUUCUGAGAAUGACCAUGCCUUGGGGUCCUUUGUCUGUGGUGAAAAUGGAGACGCCACAGGAGUCGAACGAUGGACCAAUUCUGUGGAUCAGGCCGGGAGAACAGCUUGUUCCUACAGCCGACAUGAACAAGAGUCCAUGCAAACGUCGCAGAACGGGCAUAAACGAAUUACGUAACCUUCAGUACCUGCCGCGGCUGAGCGAAGCCCGUGAGUACAUGUUUGAGGAUAGAACAAGAGCUCAUGCCGACCACGUCGGUCAUGGUUUAGAUAGAAUGACGACAGCGGCUGUCGGAAUAUUGAAGGCAGUCCAUGGCGGUCAGUCUUACGAGUACAACAGGAUAACUAAAGACGUUGUCGCUUUUUAUGCCGGUGAUUUUUCCGAGCUGGUUGAAAAGCUGCAACUCGAUUUGCACGAACCUCCCAUAUCCCAAUGCGUUCAAUGGGUUGAAGAUGCCAAAUUGAACCAAUUGCGCAGGCAGGGGAUUCGUUAUGCUAGAAUAAACCUUUACGAUAACGACAUUUACUUUUUACCACGUAACAUAAUUCAUCAGUUCAGGACAGUGUCGGCGGUUUCAAGCGUUGCAUGGCACGUGAGGUUAAAGCAGUAUUACCCCGAGAUAUUGAGCAGCUUGAAUAUAAGGCACAGUCGCACUGUAACUGAGACUGCCCACCACUUCAAGGAAAAGAAGAAUUUGGAGCGGGGUAGCGUCGUCGAGGAACAGAAAGAAAAUACAGAUAGUCAGCACGGUGAGCACAGGGUGAGCACCGAUUCACUGGAGGAAAAGAAAGCAAAAGAACGAGCCGCCGAGUAUCAAGGAAAUCUGAAGAAGUCUGAACAGCACAGCAAGCGCAAGGACGAGAAUAAAACACGGGACCACAGAAGACACUCGUCGAGUAAUCACAGGAAGGAGAGUGACGCGAGUAGCGUACUAGGAUCCACCCCACAGCAGAACUGUAAGCAUAAAAAACGAACGGUCGAACGGAAAAGGAGCCGGGAAAAAAAGGAAGAACGAUGUAGCGGCGAGAACAAGAAGCAUGACGACAAACACAAAUCAUCGAGUAAUUCUAGUGAAAAGAAGAAGCACAGCAGUAGCCACAAAUUGGAACAAAAUCAUCCUAAGCACGGAAAGUCAUCCAGCAGCAACUAUUCCUCGACCAAGGAGUCGCCCACAUGUAUUUCUGAGAGUCCGCCGCAGGCGAAAGCUCCUAAAACGUGCGUAAAACGACCGGAUCUGAGCUUGUACAAUCCAGUGACGUCUGUUCUACAGGAAAAGGAAGCUUCGGAGAAGGUGGAACUGGAGGAGGACGUUCUUUCGACGAGGCAAACAAUUGGUAAAAAUUACGCGACCGAAGUGGUGGACAAGGCAUUGGAGAUUGCCAUUUAUAAAUCGAAAACUGACGUAGAGGAGAUGUGCCAGUCCCUUAGAGACGCAGUCGCAGAAGCAUCCAAGGAAAUGGUCGAGAGGAUGAAGAAGGAAACCUUCGAUCUUGCAGAAAAAAAAUGGGCAACAGAUGCCAGCAAGGUUGAGAAAUACUGUCGCCUACUCGAAGCCGAAACUGUGUCCGCGUUUAUGUCAAAACUCGAAUGCGCGACGGAGAAUGCUGUCAAGGCGCUUGUGGAAAUGGCCGAGGACGAGGCGAAGGAAAGGAGGAUAAAUGAGAAACCAGAAGCUGUGCCUCCUCCUCCCGCCGACAUUACUAAUGGGAUUCAAACGACUCCGAGCAUGCCGUCGUGCGCAGAGAGUGAUAACAAACAUGGAGAGGAUAAGACUGCAAAGUCUCCUGAGCAUCGGUCCUCACAACUAGAACCUGAACGGAAACACAAAGACGACAAGGAGAGGGAACAACGACAUAAAGAGAGGAGGGAACGCGAGAAGAGAGACAAGGAGCACAAGAAACACCGACAUCACCAUAGCAGUCCACAUCCCAGUAAAACUGAGGCGAAGGAGGCCGAGCGGAUCAAGGAGGCAGGGGAACAAACGUCAUCUAUCAAACAGACGACCGGCGAUAAUCAAGAUAGCAAAGAAGGUCGUGAUAGGAAGUUGGAAAAACGGAGAGACUCUCAUCAUGGACAUAGGAAAGUGUCGUCUUCGUCGUCGUCGAGCAGCCGGAAGCACAGAGAAGAUUCAUCGGCUCCCCAAACACACUCUUCAAGUUCGAGCCACAAGAGAAAAUCAAGUUCCGCAUCCAGCGAGGCUAAGAGAGAUGCUAAGAGACUAUACGUUGAAGAAAACACUGCAAUUUUGGCGCAGGCAGACCAAUUAACGGAAAACAGUACAGGAACGUGAGCUCAGUGUAAUUAAUAAAAUUUAUGAAAGUCGAUAACUCAAGCGGGCUGCUUUUUUCGGCCCAACUCGUUCUAAAAUAAAUCAGUUCGCCGAGGAAAGAGUUUGCAUCAGAAGUAAUAAAACUGGGUUCAGAUUUCUUAUUUA